GACCCCCCGGGCCGGCGGUGAUGGAGAGUGUGGUGGCGGUGCCGCUGGACGAGCGCCGAGUGACGGAGCCCCGCGGGCCCGAUGAUGACGGGGAGCGCAGCCUGCCGGCGCUGCACCCCCAUCGCAUGGAGAAGCGCUCCUUCGUGGCCUACAGACCUCCACGCGCGAAUGGCUCGCCUGCUCUCGUCGAGGAGUUUCUGGAACAUGCCCAGUUUAUCGCUGAGGACCUGGAUUGGCUGCUGGCUCUGCCGCACGACAAGUUCUGGUGCCAGGUGGUGUUUGAUGAAUCGCUGCAGAGGUGUCUGGACUCGUACCUGCGCCACGCCCCUAGGGGCCUGGACCCCGCCGCGCUGCCUGCCUCGCCCGCCGUGGCUGACAUGCAGAAGCGCCUCCACCGUGCCGUCUUCAUGUCCUUCCUCAGGAUGGCGACGCACAAAGAAUCCAAGGAGAACUUCUUUACUCCGACCGUUUUCGGAGAAAUUAUCUACAACAACUUCCUGUUUGACAUUCCUAAGAUCUUGGACCUCUGUGUGUUGUUUGGCAAAGGGAAUUCUCAACUGCUGCACAAAAUGAUUGAGAACAUAUUCAUUCAACAGCCUAGUUAUUACAGUGACUUGGAUGAGGCAGUGCCCACGAUCAUGCAGGUCUUGAACACGAUCCUGGAGAGGUGUGGGCUCCAGCAGGAAGGAGCUGCAGCCAACGAGCCUCUGAAGCUGGAGGCUCGAGCGACAGCAACCGCCAUGACGAUGAGCCAGGAGGACCUGGUGGACCUCGUCUUGUAUCUUUGUGACACCUGUUCUACCAUUUACUCCUUCCUGGAUAUUUUCCCAGCUGCCUGUGCCACCUUCCAGUCACAUGGCUUCCUGAGCAGACUGGUCUCCUUCUAUGAGAUGGUGGUGCCUGACAUGGAGAAAGCUGUGAGAAAGAGGAACUUUGAUGACAAAAGCCUACAGGAGGACCUGUGGAGGAGGGUGUCCCAUUCCCGCAGGAAGAUGGUAGAGAUCGUCCACCUGCUCCUCCAGCACACGUGCCUGCAGCCCAUCUUGGAAGGGUCGGAGUCCGUCUGUCAUGCAGCUGCUUUCUACAUCGGUUCACUUGUGCUCGUGUUAGGCACAAUAGGCUGUAAGAAUGGUUUACAGCAUGUUUGUCGCUCUAGUUUAAUGAAGGCUUCUGUGUUGAUGGUUUACAGCUCUGAGAAUAUCCAGACAUUUGUGGAAGAUUUCCUACAGAUCCUCACCAUUUUCCUCCAGGAGAAAAGGUUCCUCGCUGACUAUGAUGAGCAGUUCCCAGUAGCAGAUGACAUCAGCCUCUUGCAGCAAGCCUUCCCUCUCCUAGAUGAGACUAGGACAUCCUACCUGCUGCAGGGUGUGGAGUCAGCUUGGGAGACCGUGGGCAGGACGCCGCCCCGUCUGGCCCCCCUGAACAAAGCAGCCCCAAGAGACUGGACGGGGGGUGGGCAAACUCAAGCUGAGAGGGAGCCUAAUCCAGUGGAGGAGCUCCAGAAGGGUGCUGUGGCCCCUGUGGACACACCACAGAGGGAGGACAAUGGGCUACUCUGCACGCUGAGCACCGGAGAGAUGGAGUCCCUGCUGUCUCACAUCAAGGACCUGCUCCCUGACCUGGGCGAGGGCUUCCUCCUUGCCUGCCUGCAGGAGUAUGGCUACAACUCUGAGGUGGUCAUCAACAACAUCCUGGAGGACAGGCUAACUUCUGCGCUGGCUGAGAUGGACCGAAGUUUGCCCAGGCCGCCAAAAGAGGAACUGCCUCCCGUGCUCAGCAGCCGAUCCAAUGUGUUUGACGAUGACGAGUUCGAUGUCUUUCAUCGAGACAAUGUGGACACGUCUCGUGUCUGGAGAGGCAAGAAACAGGCAGAGAGUGUCCGUGCUACACUCGAUGACAAGCGGCACAUAGAGGAACAGCGGGGACGCUACCAAGCCUACGACACGGUGGUAGAUGAGGUGCUUGUGGCCGCAGGGGCCAAGAUUGGGGGUGAGGCGGGAGCCGCCUAUGCUGCAGAUGACUACGACGACGAGUACGAUGACACCUACGAUGUCAACCAAGUGGGGGCCAAUGACCUGGAUGAGGACAGUGACUUGUUAAACCGCAGACCAUUCACCAUCCCUCAGGUCCUGCGAUCGGGCAGACAAGCCCAGGACAAGGAGGAAAGCGAAGAGGAUGAAGAGGAGGAAGAAAAUAAGGAUGAUGGUGUGAAGAAGGACCACUUUGUGCAGGAUCCAGCAGUACUGAGGGAGCGUGCAGAGGCCAGGAGAGCAGCCAUGCAAAGCAGGAGAGGGUACAGGCCUGAGCCGGUCAGCAAUGUGAUGGGCCGCCCCAAGGGACAGGGCCAGACCCAGGAUACCGUUGUGGAGCGACGCAGGAAGGAGGCCAACAAGAGUCGCAAUGCCAACCACAGUCGCAGGGUCAUGGCUGACCGCAAGAGGAACAAAGGCAUGAUCCCCUCCUGACAGCACUCCAUGGACACUGAAGGCAGCCAUCCGGAAGGACAGCCCAGACUUUGGUAUCUAAAAGGGAAGGAAUCACCGUUUUGCCUCUGGGUUCCAUAUCCCGCUGCGUGCCUCAGCUGUGCUGGUUCCACUGUGCAAGAACAUCCCUUUCUUUUCUCCCCCAUGAGAGACCCCAUCUGGGAUACUUUAAUUUCUUUUUUAAAAAAAAAAAAAAAAGUGUUUUAUUUCUUUGCACCUCAUGUUCUGUGGAUACAAUCUCAGGUGGGGCUUAUAAGGAGUUGCACAGUUGGCGCAGGUACUGGAGUGACCCAGAAAUAACCUCCUUCCCAGUUAGAAGAGGCGCGAGUGACUGAUUUCACUCUCUGGCAACGUGCAGGGCUGACACAAAAAACACACACUUUCUGGCAUGUAACAUAAUCCAUUUAUUAAGAGUGGAGUGAGGUAAACGACUUCUCUGACAUUAAAUGAACAUCAAACAAUCAGCUCAAGCACCAAAUUUGGAUGUCCAGCCUUAGAAGGUAUCCCUGCAUUAAAAAAAAAAAAAAAAAAACUUUAGAGACUGA